ACUGAGGAUUUGCAGAGAUGCUGUGGUUGAGAUGGUGGCAGUCGAUCCUCUGGAGCGCCCCCUAGAGACUGCAGCCAGAAGAAGCAGCAGAUUUAAAACAAAACCAGAAGCUUUGAUCAGAGACCAAAGAAAACUUCCAGGCCUCCUUCGGGUUCAGGGCUUUGUUUUACACAGAACAGCGCCACCUAUUGACCACUUACCCAUUUUUUCACCGUAAGAUGGAGAUGCCAUUUCCAUUUGAUAAAGACUUGAACUAAUUGGACAGCAGCUGAAUUCAUUUUUGUUUUGUCAGAACUGAACAUUUUCAUUUGGUUCUUUUUUGGAUAAAAAGAGUAACUUUGGGAAUGGAGACAUGAGUUCCUGCCUGGAAGGUUUUUCCUCUGGGACAUAAUCAGUCCCCCUGAGACGGUGACAGAGAUUGAGAAAUCUCUGUUAGAUAAACAUGAGAACAGCUCUCCACCUUUUGUUUACUUCUUCCUCUUCUUCUUCACGGUUCUUUGAGGAUGGAACAGGUUUGGCGACUUACUCUGGGGGGCUGGUCGGAGCAGCCUCCUCCCACCAUGGAGGCAGGAGGGAAAGACUGCGAGGAGGAGACGCUGCAGACGGCCUUCAAGAAGCUCAGGGUCGAUGCUGAGAGUUUGUCCGGAGCUGAGAGUGUUUCCGAUGCGUUGACGCCCAGAGCGCUGGCCCGGGUCGGUCUGGACAGCGCCAGCGGAGCGAAGACCAAACUCAGCAACUCCAAGGACACCUGGCACUGCUGCACGAGGAAAACCUCCAGAGGAACGUCAUCGCGGAGCCAGCGCCGUCGACGGUCAAAGUCGCCCAUCCUACACCCACCCAGGUUCACCUACUGCAGCAGCGCCGCUUCGGCUCUGGCGCCCCCUGGUGGUGGCCUGAAGCAGCAGCGGCUGGCUCUGUCCGACCCGGCAGCCGACGACGUUCCGGUCCAGGCAGAGCGGCGUUCCUCCGCCGUGCCGGGCUGCGGCUCCCCUGUUCUUUUUGGAGUCAGCCCGAGUUACGAGACCCGGGUGGGGGGGGUGGGCCCAUCGCCAGAGGUUGCCACGGCAGCAGCGCCCCCACGGUGGGAAGGCGGGCACUCCGGAGAGGAGAAGGUUUCCUCUGAUGGAGCCUCGGCGCCUCUGAGGUCCGAUGCCGCAGAUUUCCGGGCUCUAUCCGAGCUGCACUGCGCAGAGGGAACGCAGCCCCCCUGCGGCUGCUCCUGUGAUGCUGCCACCGGCUCACAGGACGGCGGCGAGCACGAAGCUGGAUCCGGCUGUGGCUGCAGGCAGCAAGGACCCGGCUGGAACAACGUGGAGGUUUACUCCUUCACGGGGUUGCGCAGCGUCCAGCAGGUCGAGGGCAGAACUCUGAGCAGCAGCUCCGCCCCCUCCGCUGCGUCACCACUGGCGUCUGGCGGCUCCGCCUGCGCCGCGUCGCCGUUGGCGUCCGGCUCUCCCCGGUCCUGCUCGGAGCAGGCGCGUGCCUACGUCGAUGACAUCACGAUAGAGGACCUCUCUGGCUACAUGGAGUACUACCUCUACAUCCCCAAGAAGAUGUCGCACAUGGCGGAGAUGAUGUACACCUAGACCUUCAGUCGUCAGACAGGAGAGGUUUGGGUUAGAUUAAAGCUGUUUUAAUCUGGAUUAUAAUCCCUUCAGACUGACUGGAUCGUGCCGCAGCCGAGCGUCUCUGUAGGUUUCAUCUGGUUUCUGUGUCUUCUGUCAGUCACUCUGUUUUCCAGAUUUCAAGUUUACAAAUGAAGUUGCCAAAACUCGCUGGAGUUUUAAUCCCAGCUGGGAUUCUGUCUGUGGUUCCUGGAUGAAUAAAGAAGCUGAAUGAUCUAC